AUGAUUAGUCUUUGUUUAAGUAUCAGCUCAAGUGGAAUAGUCGUUAAAUAUGGGUCCGCAAUACGUGUGUGUUGACGAUUUUGAAAAAGAAGCCAGUAAAAAAAUCGAUAAGAGCGCUUUAGACUACUAUCGGAGUGGUGCUGGCGAACAAUUUACUUUGAAUUUAAAUCGAGAAGCUUUCAGACGAUUGCGUAUACGGCCUCGAUGUUUGAGGGAUGUGUCUCAUUUGGACACCAGUUGCGAUGUGUUGGGAUAUAAACUGAAAUGGCCCUUGGGAAUCGCACCGACAGCUAUGCAAAAAAUGGCACAUCCCGAUGGUGAAGCGGGGAAUGCCAAAGCUGCUGGUGAAAUGGGUUCGAUUUUCAUUCUAAGCACAUUAGCUACAACUUCGAUUGAAGAAGUGGCCGAUAUAGCCCCGAAAACCUGUAAAUGGUUUCAACUCUAUGUGUAUAAAGAUCGUUCUUUGACAGAAAAGCUUCUACGGCGAGUUGAAAAGGCAAAUUUCAAGGCGAUAGUGCUUACCGUCGAUGCACCCAUAUUUGGUCAACGAUGGGCCGAUGUGAGAAAUAACUUUAGUCUACCUUCAAAUUUGCGAUUGGCAAACUUUGAAAGCAGUUCAUCUCAGUCGGAUGGUGUUCACGGUGAGGAGGGUACCUCUGGCAUAAAUGAAUAUGUUUCGAGUCAAUUUGAUGCCACAUUGACGUGGAGAGAUGUUGAAUGGCUGGUGAAAAGUACACACCUUCCAGUCAUUGUGAAAGGUAUUCUUACAGCAGAGGAUGCUAUAUUGGCCCGGGAGUUCGGUUGCUCUGGAGUCAUUGUCAGUAAUCAUGGUGCUCGACAGCUUGACUACGUUCCCGCUAGUAUCGAAGCAUUGCCAGAAGUGGUUGGAGCUGUUGGCAAUGAUAUGGUUGUGAUGCUAGACGGUGGCGUCCGCCAUGGCAAUGACAUUUUUAAGGCGCUUGCUCUUGGCGCUAAAAUGGUUUUUGUAGGCCGUCCAGCGCUAUGGGGUCUUGGAUGUGAGGGCUCUGGAGGUGUGAAGAAAAUGCUUCAAGUAUUGCAGAAAGACUUUGAAAUAACUUUGGCGUUGGCAGGAUGUAAAAACUUAGAAGACAUUCAGAAAAAUAUGGUGGUCCAUGAGUCAGUGUUCGCAAAACUAUAAACAUUAACAAUAUAACAUUAAAGAAAAAGUAACAAAAGUCUAAACUCAAUUGUUUCUGGAGGUUAGCUUUCGGAAAUCACAGUCGGCAUUCGCAUCUUGGACCCAAUUGAACCGUACAUUCAUAUUGCGAUUUAUAGAAAAUUAACCUAUACCCCGUGGAUUUGUUAAUAAUAUAUUAGUUUGUCCAUCGCUGCCCUGGAUUCUUCAGAUAUGUCAACACACAACCAAAAGAUAAUGAACAUAUUUGAUCAUGACAUUCGGCGAAGAACUUUAUUUUUGAAAGUUUCGACACAUCAUCGGAUGGAGCUUGGCAAGUCAUCAAAAAUUGACCAAUAAUAUAUUAUACAUUAUGAACAACGCAAAGUGGGAUAAAAUCUAUCAUAAAAAUUAAACGUUUCCCUUAUUUUUUUAUACAUUCAUUCAUUUAACACAUUAACCCAAACCAAAAAUACUGGAACAGUUACAUUUUGAUGAAAACAAAAAUUAGAUUAAAAAUUUGUAAGAAAAGCUAGAAUAAAGAUAUUUUUAAUAAUUUUUAUUUUGGACUUUGCAGAUAAAAGUGUCUUCAAAAACAAAAAUAAAUACUGCAUAUUUUGCAAAA